GCCGAGCGAUCCGGGAGGGGCGCCCUUCGCCCAGGAGACGUCCAGCCCCGCGCCCGGGGACCCCGCCGUCCGGGAAGCAGGAGCGGCAGCAGCAAAACCCGGAGGGACCCCCGAUCCCGAGCGAGAGGCGCCUCCCGCGAUGGGGGGCUGCUGCUCGGGAUCCGUGGCGCCCGAGGUACUCAAGCAGGAGGAGGAGUUUCCCCCUCUCUCCGCUGAGAAGGAACAGCUGAAGCUGCAGAACGGAGAGAAAGAGGAGCAGGUGUCCCGUCUGCUUCAAGCAGUGCAAGAGCUGAAGGCACAAGUGUCCCGUCUCUCAGCAGAGAAGGAACAGCAGAAGCAACAGAACCAAGAAAAGGAGGAGGAGAUGUCCCGUCUGCUUCAAGAGCUGAAGAGGGAAGUGUCUCACCUGCAGCAGCAGAACCAAGAAAAGGACGAGCAGAUCUCUCACCUGCAGCAUAAGGUGCAAAAGUUGGAGGAGCAAGCGUCCCGUCUCUCCGCUGAGAAUCAACAGGUGAAGCAACAGAACCAAGAAAGGGACGAGCAGAUCUCUCAUCUGCAGCAUAAGGUGCAAAAGUUGGAGGAGCAAGUGUCUCCUCUGCAGCAGGAGGUGCAGGAGCUCAAGAAGAGUCCUGGAGCCUCUGGAGCCCAGCAAACCACCAGAUGGAUUUCACCGUUUGGAGGACCAACUCUUCCUGUCAAAGUCCAGAUCCGGAUCACUGGGAAGACAGGUGGCUCUGAGGAGAAGUUUCUAAAUUGUGUUUCAGAGCACCUGUCCCACAAAGGAGUCUCUCUGAAGGUGGAGAAGUUUAAGGAGACCUCGAAGGACCCCCUUCUGCUCUUCUGCCCCAUAGCUUCCCGCAUGGGCGCCGACAUCGAAAAUGCCCUUGAGGGGCUCAGUGGUGAGCAGAAGGUCCUCCUGGUGGUGAUGCACUUUGUUCAAAAGGACAACCCAGGGACCCCUGCGGACGCUGAGCACCAAGUGACCCAUCCGGCCGUGGUGGGGACCGUGCACACCCGCUACACCCUCAAGGACGGCUUCUACCCUUGUGAGAUGAACGAGGCGGCCGUGGCUGACGUGGCAGCUGCCCUCAAGGCCCUGGCUGAGGAUCAGUGAGGGGAGACUGGGCUCCUCCCCAUGUCCUUCUUGUGUGAUGUCAUCUUGUAGGAGAAGGGGAUGCUUUUAAGACACAGGUGGGGAUUGUCCUUGCAGACUGGGGGGUGGGGUGGGAUUUAUACACCUUCAGCUGAAGAGAAUGCUAGUAGUGAUCAGGCAGAUAUAAGACAUCCCUGUUCUUCUCGGCGUGGGCAGACCCACCUGGAGGAGCCUCAGGCUGGCUGGGCAGACCUGGCCACGUGUGCUUU